UGCAUCAUGUCCUUGCAUUGGGAGUGGAGUGCACUCUGACUGACGAUGUCGAGUAGAAUUCAACUCUGUAAGAUACAUUAACAAGCGUGCUAACAUCAAGGUCCACAGCACUGAGUCACGGUAAACUGGAAACAUGUUUCUGCGGAUACAGCUCACCCCAGUGUUUGUAUUCCUGGCUACGGUCUCAAUUUCCUGUGUUCAAGGAUCCCCGCCUUCAUCCGUUCCCAACGCGGGGAUUGUCUGCAGAUUUACCGAGGAAGCGGGACUAGUAUUCAACCAGGAAACCAAUGAUGUAAUUCAGGCCACAUUUCGACAUGCAUCAUUCCCGGACAUAGAAGGGGAGACAUCCAUUCUGCUUUUAGGCUCAGUUUCAUACAGUUUUAAAAAUUUGCAGAUAAACAACAUGUCUGUUGAAAAGAGUGACGUUGACCUCAGUAAUGAGAAAGGAAUCCUGAUUGCUAUCCAAAAUGUGGCUGCUGCUUUCGAGGGAACAAUGGACUACACAUACUCCAGCUGGCUGGCCAACUGGAUCCAAAAACUCUUCACAGAUUUUGUCUCUUUCACUUUGAGACAUAUUGUUAAAGGACAGAUCUGUGCAGAAAUUCACAAAAUGGCAAAUCAGCUGGCAGACUUCACCCUGUAUCAAGCAGGAUUGUUUAUGCAAGAUGGGGAGAUUGCCACAAGCAUCGAGUUAACCACUGACCCAGUACUGACCUCGGGGUACAUUGAGUCCUGGCAUGAGGGUAGUGUCUCCUACAAGAACGCUAUAGUUUUCCAGAAGCCCAGUGGCAUUCCAGUUGAGAGAGUGGAGACCAGAAUGUUUAAUCUCUGGGUGUCAGAGCCAGUCGUCAACUCUCUCCUUUUUGCUGCACAUCAUGACAAUCGCUUGACCCUGACACUCUCUGAUGGUGAUUUGUUGAAACUUUUUGAUAAUGGGGGAACUAAAACCGAGCCGAAUCUUUUACAGCAGAUGAUCCCUGGCAUUCCUAUGGACAACCUGAUGAUCAAACUUGAGUCCCUAAGACCACCUUCCCUUCUCUUCAAAUCUGUAGGCACAAUUCUGCAGGCAUCUGUAUCUCUGCAAGUUGAAGUGUUGUCCAGCAGUGAAGAUUCUUACACAGCACUGUAUUUGGAAAUGGCUUCUGAAACUAUUGUCCAUACAUCUUACACAGACAGCAAAAUCCAUCUACGGCCCUCUUCUAACCACUGGUCCAUCAAAGCUGUAAGAAGUAAUCCCGCAAUUGCGCUGGAUGAGAGUAAAGCUAAGCGUUACUUGGAGGCAUUUUUCGCAACGGGAGGAUUAGAAAAGAUAAUCUCGUAUAUUGAAUUUUACAUAACAGCCCUACUUCACAAGAAAGGACUAUGCUAUUUUAACAUUACCAACCCCGUGAUGGAGACAGAUGAGGGUUAUGUGACCAUUGCGACGGACUUUGGGUUUCCCCGGCAGUUACUAGAGAAUUUCCUCCGCAACCUUGCACCAAUGACAAGGCCCUAAGUCCACAAUGUGUGGUGAAGACCAGUUGGAUGGGGAGUCAAUGAAACAAUGGCUCUCAUUGGUUUGCAAGAAGGAUCUUUUACUGAAGAUGUUUAAUUGGCUUUGUCAAGUCAUCAGUGAUUUACUGCUCUUAUUAUGACACAUGAUAUUGACAUAUAUAUGAAUGGCAUUUAUUCAAAUAGAAUACAGAAAACACUUGUCUUUCCCUUUAUUUUCACAGUGUAUCUUUUGUUUAAUCUUAUGUUACCUUUUGUCCUUUAGUUCUAAUCUGUAAUAUUUCUGUCAAUCCUCUACUACACGCAGGUUCCCGGUGACUUCUUCCGGCAAUGAGAUUGUCCAUUUACAGAAUUUUACAUUUUCUUUUACAUUGAAGCAUAUUUCAGGUUUUGAGGAGGAAGUUGGGAGGUCAGAGGCAAAUUUUCCAAGCAAACUAUGGAAGGAGGAAAUUCAAGUUCAAUGUUAAAAAAACAACCUCAUCUAGAAUAUCUGUCCUGAGUCUUUUUGGUCAUUUUUCACACCUCCCCUCACCACUGCAUCCACAACACCUCAGCAGUUUUCCAUCCAUUUUUUGAAAGUGCUGAUGACUUCUGCUAUUUGAUGAUGUCUAGGCAGUAAGUUUCAGCAAGCACUUUAGGGUUGGAGGUUUAUUCCAGUCAAACUAAUAGAGGCACUGAAGGAAUACAAAUUGUUGAUGAGCAAAGGGGAACUGAUGAUGCAUUUCAGUUUGUAUUAUCUUGUGAGGUUGUACGUGGCAGUACUGUAAGUAAUCAUGUUGUUUUUCCAAUGUGUUUUGGUACAUUGGUACAAUUGAACCGAAGAGACAGUGAAAAUAUUGCAGGUCAUCAGAUGGUGUCAUCAAAUCAAGGAGUCAGUGGUUUAUUUCUGUAACUCAAUCACCACUGUUAGGGAAAUUCAAUGGACUGGCAGAGCUCUCAAAUGUGAAAGGGAAGAUGAGUUCCUGGAAGACUUUGGCUGUAGGGAAAUGAUUUGAGUAGUGUUGCUCAGCAUUAAAAAGGAACUUGCUCUGAUGUUUUGCCUUCCACAUCAGAAUACCCCAAAGUGUUUCAGAGCCAAUCUCGUGCCUUUUUUUUAAUGUUUCAUGACUGGAGCAUAUGGAAUGUGUAAGCUAAUUUGCAUAAAGCCUACAAUGUUCAAUGAUCAGAUAAUUUGCACCAGCCACCUUGGUUGAGAGUUAAACAUUGACCAGAGCAGCCAGGAAACUCCUCUGCCUCUCUUGAAUUUGGUACUGUGAGAUCUUUAAAUCCACUUCAGCAAGAUGUUGGGGAGUCAGUUUAACAUCAGGGUAAGACAGUACGUCUGACACUGCAGCACACUCCCUGAAUUAUACUGAAGUGUCUGCCGAGAUUAUGUGUUUAAGCUUUUGGACUUGGGCUUGAAGUCACAGGCUUCAAAGUUUUUAGACCUUUGGGAACUAACAGACCUGAGGAAUAGGGGAUAUGGUGUGAAGCUGGAGUUGAAGUAGAUCUGUCAUGAUCUUAUUGAAUGACAAAGGUGGUCUGAGGGCCAAAUGGCCUAUUUCUGCUUUUUUGUAUGUUUAAAUUGACCUUGCUACUGAGCCAAGACUCGUGCUUCUCUGCCCCCUUUCCCAAGUUACAUAUUAACAACUUAAUGUCGAAAUCCAGUUUCAAAGAGGAAAUAUCUUCUGGCUUAACAAAUAUUUUGCAAUUUGUAAAUUCUUCUGAACUGCUUCCUCCUUUUUUAACUGCUGCUGCAAUACGGAUUCAUACAAAGUUCUGCAUUAUUUCGAAUGAAAAGAAAGGCAUUAUCUUUCCGUAUCCGUGUGAUAUUCUGGUGAUCAGGGCUGGCACUGCAAUUAAGCAUACGAGGCCCUCACCUUGGGCGCCCUUUGAGGGCAAAAGGAAAAACACUGCUGGCUUUUUUGUUUUGGAAAAGGUCAGAACUGAAACCUGGCAUUUUAAACCAAUUAGUCUCAUAAUUUGGCAUCAGCAUCCAAAGGGAAAGGAACUCUGACUCCCAUAGACAUGAGGCAUUUCCACGUGCUGACAUCAAAUCCUCUGCAGUGUUGCCCAAUCAAAAUCAAUCCUCCUCACACCUUAAAGGGACCCUGGAGGACUCCAUUUGGCUGAGGUUUUGCUGGACUGUGCUGGCUUUGGUGAGGUUGGAAUUUGAUUACUUUGGAAAUGAACAAGGGGUUUCAGUCACUUUAUUUCUGAUCAGGCCAGUGACAUUUUUAAGCUUAAUAUUCUCACUUUAUUUCUAUUAAAGACUGUGACCAGAAGUUACAACGGUGAGCUUUAACACAGUGUAAUCGCACGGCAGUUCCCAAUAUGGAGGCAAUGAAUCUCUCUGGUAACAUCCUCCCAAAUCCCAUCCCCAGGUUCCCUAAAACCUGCUUCACCUUAGAAUGAAUUUACACCUUGCUGUUGACCUAGUUAGUGAUGCUCAUUCUCCCUUGAAUGAAUGAAAACAAAGGAAUUGCAUUUUGUUUCUAUUGCAGAAAUGUCAUUGCCUGGCCCUUCUUGCCCAAUACAGACUUGACAAAUAAUCUUUUCAUGAAGACAGACUGCUGACCAGUUCGCGACAGAGCAAGAACUGUGGUUAUGGCUACACAUAGCACUCACACAAAUGUCUCCUCUGCAGACUGAUCGAAAGCAAGAAUGAAUUAUUUUAGAAACAGAGUGACAUUUAUUUUUUGUAAAGCCAGUUUCUGCCUUGUCCACCUACAAUGCUUCGUCCACUGCAAAGGUUGUCACAGCAGAGACAUUGGAUAGGACUGAAACAAAAGGUGCAAUAUUGGUUGGCAGCACUCAAAGUGAAUAACCCUGUGGAUUUGGGAUUUAUCUUUGGUUGCUGAGGAAAGUUGGGAUAUGAUGCCUGAAGUUCUGUCCGCAGUCCUUCAAUCCCCUUUGAAGUAUUGAAGAUGUGCCAGAGGGUUGGACGAGUGCAAGUGUCUAGAAGGGGGAGAGUGAUAGACAUCCAAUAGCAAGCCCACCAAGUUCCUCAGUUAAUGGAUGUGGUGCCAAUCAAGAGGGGAAAUCCUGUCCCCAGCCAUUUUGGACACAACAGCUUCUAACGUACCCUGCCUUAUACUUAAAGUCCAAAAUGGAAAAUCCUGGUCCAUAGGUCAACUGGACUUGGAAGUGACGCUCAGAAACUUGAUGGCCAGAGGGACAAUUGCAGGAAGUUGCUCACCUCCAGUUUCUCACAGAGUAGAUUGCUGCUUAUAUUUAACAAUGCAGCUUAGACGAAGGAGCCACCGAUUCACAGCCCAUCGCAAUCCUGGAAUACACAAGUAAAUAAGCAUGUAAUGUUUUACAUGUUCAGUCACACUGAGGCAAGUGGAGCCAUGUAGAAGAAGAAACAAAGGAUGAGAAGUUGGAAAAUAGAUAUUUGAAAUAUCUGUGUCUCUGCAAAAUAUAUCUACUAAAAUAUAAGAACACCAUCAAUGAAAUUUAAAAAAAAACAUGAAUUUAGAGAGUUAGACAAAGCACAGUUUCAGAAGCUUGAGCAGUUACUGAUAUUGUUCAAACAGUGGACCUGGGGUCUGUGUUGGUUGUUUUGAGAAAUGUACUCUCAAAUGUGGACAUUGCUGACAAGCUGGCAUUUGCAGCUCAUUUGUAUUUUCCCUUCAUCUUGACCCACUGCAUAUUGUAGUUUCAAAUAACUCAGUGGGGGGAAGUAGUGGGAGCAGAUAUGGUAGUGACUUUUAAAGGGCAUCUUGACAAGUACAUGAAUAGGAUGGGAAUAGAGGGAUACAGUCCCAGGAAGCGUAGGGGGUUUUAGUUUGUGAUGGACAGCAUGUCGGUGCAGGCUUGGAGGGCCGAAGGGCCUGUUCCUGCGCUGCAAUUUUCUUUGUUCUUUGUUCUUUGUUCUUUGGAUUGCAAGGCCAAUUCAGAGGGCAAGUAAGAGGCAACUAACUGGUGUGUGAGGGAACACAAAUAUAGGCCAGAUUGGAGUGUAGAACUGGUUUCCAUCCCUAAAGAAAAUUAAUCAAUCUGUUGGGUUGUUAACAAGAAUCUAACUUGGUGAUGACGACUUUCACUGAUAUCAGUUUUUAAUUUCCAAAUUUUCAUAAUUGCAUGGUAAAACUUCCAAAGUAAGUUUGAAUCAUUCUUCGGGGUAUUCAUCUAGUAACCUAAGUAAUACACUGCAAUAUCCAUGUGAGAAAAAGGCUAGAACCCUGAAGCAAAGUAAUAUUACAGCACAGAAGGUAAUCUUUACACUCUAUUAUAUCUAUGUCAGCUCUUCGCCACAACAAUGCAAAGCUACUUCCAUAAUCAAAAUUUUUGCACAGCACUGGACCUCCCUGUACCUCAUAUAGUUAUAUAAUUUUCCAUUAAAUUUUCACUCCUCUAACACAGCUCCAUUCUCAACUUUGUCAUAAUUUAUAUAAACUGAUACAAAAUAUUUAUUUAAGAACUCUGCCUUAACUUUAACCUCCACAAUUAGAAUUUCCUGUUCGGUUUCUAGUACAGCUGUCCAUUGUAAAACACAUGAAUUUCUUCCAUUCAUCUUGAUAAUGAAUUCAUUAACACACCAAAUCUAUACGCACUGUGGACAUGGGCUCCCAGCUAAGCAAAGCCUUGAUUUUAAAAUUCUCAAUCUUGUUUUCAAAUCCCUCUAUUGCCUUGCCCUUCCAUAUCUUUGUUCUCUCCUCCAAGUCUACAAACUUACAAAACACCUGGGUUCCUACAAUUCUGACCUCUGUAUAUUCCAAUUCUAAUUAUUCCACAGUUGUUAGUUGUACUUUCAGUUGCCAAAGGCCUAAGCUCUGGAAUUUCCAUGCAAAACAUCUCCACCUAUCUAAAUCAUUUCCUCCUUAAAUACAAUUCUUUAAACGCAAACGCUUUUUACAUUUGGCCUAAUGACACCUCAUGGCUCAGUGUCAUUUUAUGUGAUAAUGCGAGUGAACCAUUUUGGGACAUUUCAUAACAUUAAAGGUAUCAUAUAAGUACAA